AUGUUUGACAUGUCGCCUGAUGCCGUAUUCUACUUUCCCAUGUACUCUUUGCCUGAUAUGCUUCUUCCUCUAACCCUCCUAGUCCCCGACAUGUGUCUCCUCUGUUCCACUUCACGUGACAGGGUGAUUCAUGUGUUCGAGCCUCGUCAGAGCUAUUCUCUGGUGCAGACCCUUGCCGAUCACUCCGGGUCCAUUACGGCGGCACGCUUCGUGGAGAACGUGGACACUAAGGAGAUUUAUCUCUUCUCCUGCAGCACCGACCGAUCCCUCCUUUGUCGAACUCUGUCGGUGAGUCUUGCUAACAGAAGAAACUGGAGCGACGUUUUUUUUCCACAUGCGUUUAGGUUUUCUAGGAACUUGCAACGGGUGUUUCUCUGUCAUAAUCUCGGAAUAACUAUCACUCAAGGUGGGGGUACGCUUACAAGUCUCCCCGCCCGUAUCACUGGUGGCUUUGUGGUAAAUUCUAGAAGAGGCUAG